UUGAGUGGUCACAUCGUCGAGUAAAUAUAGAUAUACCUACUUACUUACGUUGAAGAUUGUCGGGUUAAAGCUUGUAUAAUAAAUAUUUCUUUGGUUUGAACCUCGAAUACUUUCUCCUCGUUUAGUUUUGUAAAAUUAAAGUUUUUUUACACAUACUGAAUCCAGAAUGGCUCAACCAAUAAAUACCAUUUUCAAAAUUUUCAUAUUAAUGGCAGCCUGUGCCAUUGUUCCCAUAUCUUGUGGUGUUUUUAAAACUGAAUCACUUUAUUCACGUCAAAUUAUUCAAGAUGCAAAAAGUCUUCGGCAAGCUAUUUUGAAUAAUGAUAAAAAAAAAAUAAUUGAUAUUUUUAUAAGAAAACACCGUGACACUCGAUUUUCGCUAGCCGAUGCUUAUAAUUACAAGUUCGGGCAUACGCUGACCGAUGAUUUCCGAGAAUUCGAAUCUGGAGAUUUUGGAUAUCUCAUGACAGUUAUGGCAAUUGAUCCACCAACUUAUAAUGCUAUUGAACUUCAUAAGACUUGGUAUGGAUUCUAUGAUCUCGAUGACUCUGCUUUCUUUCAAAUUUGGCCAUUCCACAAUAUGACGAGUACUAAUGCGGAAUACCGAAGACUUUAUGGAGUUGAGAUAAUUCAAGAGUUUAGGAAAUUACCCCAUUUUAUACGAGCACGUUUUGAACAACAGUUUUCUUAUGUAUCCCAUGAGGAACAGAGUGAAUAUUAUUCUGGUCUUUUACCUUUUGAAAUAUACAAUCUCAAUCAUUUUACCCGUUUAAUUGUGUUGAGUUUGAAUGCUGGAAUCCUGGAUCGGGUCAAAGAAUCUUACGAAAACUAUUAUGAAUACCCAAUUAAGAGACUAUUAAAGAAAUGUCCUGACGAGGAUUACCGCGAGGCCGUUUUAGCUAUGUUUAAUUUUAAAAAGAUCAUACGUGAGAACGGCAAUGAGGUGUGACGGACGAAAGUAGUAACAGGCUAUUUGAUGAUAAGUAAAU